UAUGUCAGCAGCUCUUUGUAAAAUUAUUAUGGAAGCCCCGAGUAUGAGUCGCGUUUUCGCGGUUGUCGUUGGAACAGGUGUUCAUUAGCCUUCACUUCCGCGUUCUCCCUCCUGCGCCGUCGAUGAACUGUUCGUAGUAAUAGGGAUAGUGCUCGGAAGUCGUCUUAAUCAUGGAGAUUCUAAAUCCUCGCAUGAGCCGCAUCUCGCGGAAAAGGAACUUUCAUUUGUCAGUGCAGCAGGCUGGUCUGGAAAAGCUUUUUCCCGCUCCAGUAUCAAUGUUUGAAGAUCCUCCAUCAGACAUCAUAUCAUUGCAAUGCUUGGAUGAGCUUGCAAUCGAGAGGCUCCAAUUGCUUCGAUCGGUUGAACGUGCAGGGACCAUGCCUGAUUGGGAGAAAAGUAUCGUAGCAGAAAUAUCCAAAGUGGAAAAUUUACGCCCAUAUUUGAAGCUGGAAUCAUCGAACACGCCGGAAGCCAUGGAAGCAGCUCUAGAAGCUAGAAAGCGAGACUAUUUGUCGCAUUUUGUCCUAAGAUUAGCGUAUUGUCGUUCUGAAACAUUACGCAGGUGGUUCGUUACUCAAGAGGCGGAUUUGUUCCGUUACCGCCUCACCAGGAUUUCAGCGGAUGAAAAGAAAGCCUUCAUACGCCGUUGUGGACUCAAAUUUUCCGAAUCGGUAGCCGAAAAGAUGACGAGUGGAAGGCUUUUUCACGUGACAGUAGCAGAAAAGAAGGAAAGGCUGCAGUGUCUCGCUGAAGGUACUAGUGCGCUCUACGGAUCAGGAAACUUGUACUCGACAGUGGAGAAAACCGUGUUUUACAAGGUUCCGUUUUACGAGGCGUUAGAACUGGUUCGUUCCCGAAAAGCUUACCUAGAAGGUGGAAUGGCUUAUGUUGCGGAUCAAGACUUGAAUUCCAUUAUACUGCAGACAUUCAAAUCGCGUCUCAAUCGAGCCCUUGCGCUGUUGAGUCACAUGUUGCCGACUUUGGAAAAGGACGAAAGACUGAAACCAUUGGUUUGCAAUUUCCACAAUUCUUACAUCGGCCCCGAAUACGAAAGAGGUCGUCAAGGAAGUGGAAGGAUCUCACUGGAAAAUUUGCACGUGGUUGCCGAAGAAUCAUUCCCCUUGUGCAUGAAGCAUCUGUAUGACAUUCUGAAAACGCAACAUCAUCUGAAACACUUUUCCCGCAUCCAGCUCAAUCUUUUCUUCAAAGGAAUCGGAUUAUCCCUUGAAGAUUCCCUGCAGUUGUUCCGAACGGAAUUCGCCAAGGGGAAAACAGAGCCGGAGAAGUUUGAGAAGAAGUACGCGUAUUCGUUCCGUCACGGCUACGGUAAAGAAGGAAAACGUGCAGAUUAUCGGCCUUUCAGCUGCAUGAAGAUAAUUCAGCAGCAUCCCGGGGCCCAGGAAACCCAUGGGUGCCCAUUCGCCCAUUUUGAUGUGACAUCGCUGCGUGCGAAGCUCAAGGCUUUGAAAAUUUCCGAACCUGCCAUUCAAGAUGUUUUGGACACGAAGAGGGAAAAUCACCACCAGAUUGCGUGCGGUAAAGUAUUCCAGUAUACUCACAAUCUCCCGAGCAACUCGGUGGGGAUCAAUCAUCCGAAUCAAUACUUUGAAGCUAGCCAAGAAGUCAGACACGGAAAGCAGGAUCAGUUUGGAAUCGUCAGUGCAGCAGCAGUGAAAGAAGUGAAAGAGGAGUCCAGUGUUUCGAUUCAAGAUGACUGGAACUCCGAGAUGGAGUUUGAUGAAUCAGCCCUGAAGGAACUAGGUGUUUGAAAUUCGAACAGCGGUUUAUGUGUAGUUUAAUUUUUGAAUGUUUUCACUUUGAUAUGUACGUUUUUGAUUCUUGUUUCUUUUCAUUUCCAUCAUUCGACGUCCUUCGUUUUGCACGAAUUCUUUUUUCUUUUUUUUUUUCGUUUUAAAAAUUCGAAUUCCAUCUUCAGUUUUAUUAUUUCGUGUAAGUUUGAGUCGACAGAUCGGAUGUGUAAUUAGUUAUAUAUCCGUGGAAUUGGUUUUGUGGUCCUCGUUUUUAUUUCAGGUUGAAUAUCGUAUCGGCGAGAGAUUGUGAAAGGGUCUGUGUGUGUGUGUGUGUAUUUGAUGAGAGCGUGCGGUUGAAUUUUGUGUGGAGUUCUAUUUUGCCGAAUUGGAAAUGUUCUGAAAGUGAAGCUGUGGCUGAUUCGUUCCUUCUGGUGCUUGAAAUCCUUCGAGGUCGUUGUCAAUCGUCAUGCCGAUUCAACGUGGAGGAAAGAUGACCGACAGUCUGUACUCUGCCGAAGACGCAUCUCCAAGCAUGGCUGUGCUCAAUGAUCCAUUAUGCAUUUUCCUGGUUAAAGACGGUAGCAAAGGGGAUAAGCUCAUGUUUCGUUAUCCAGUGCCAGUGAGAGAAAGCGGAGACGUGGGAUCACACAAGAGCACGCAGAAAAACGUUUACUCUGUCAAUCCCACCGAGGAUGUGUAUCAAAACAAACCCUUGGUUUCGUCGAGCAUUGAGAACUCGACGAUACGUGGAUUCGACGAUAAGGUCUUGUCAAAUCUUUUCUCUGCGAAGAAAGCUCUUUGGGGUGAGCGGCUGGAAGUGAAGAUCAAUGACGUGCGAUUUAUCAGUCAUCCAACGACGUUGGUCCUUACCAAAGAGGAACAAAUGUACCGAGCACCUGGGGGUUCCUCGUCAUUUAGUUUGUUCAACGUCGUGAUUGCAUUGAGGGCCAAGGCGUCGCAUUGGGUUGUCGAAAAUUACCACGAGUUGUGUCGUCGGCUGAGCGUCGCACUGAAGCACGAGGAAUUGCGCUGUGGUUAUUUAUCCCGGGAAAUGAAAAUCAUGCAAGAAAUUGACGACCAGUAUGCGACUGAAGCGGAAAAGAAUCCCGACGUCGUACAUUCGGUGCAUGCGAAAAUUCUAGAGAAUAGCCAACUGGCCCGCGAAUUGCGCGACAUCUUUGCGAGCUUGUGCGAAUCUGGCGUGGUUUUGCAGCGAGUGAAUUCUUGGAUUGACGUCAGCUUCUGUCUUCCACAAAAAGUGCACUAUUUACAAAACGGUUGCUUGAUCAUCGAGCCCGGGGAAGUUGUGGAGUGCUUGGAAAGCAUUUCCUCCUACCACGGGUUCCUGCUGCUGAGCAAACAUCUUCCGGAAACCUGGCGGCACAAGGAGGACAUGAGUGAAGGCUCUGAUGACGGGUCCAGCGAAAAGUUUCCGUACUCUUAUUCGAGUCGAGAGCACAGUGAGCGAUUGUUGGGUGACGAGUUGCCCCUGGGGGCGUCGCCGGUGUUGCACAAAAUCCUCGAGGUUCUCACGCCCUUCAAGUCCAUGGCCCAAAUAGCCGCAGACGCGGAUGUCGCCUUGAACACUAUAUUCAGGGUUUGUUGUCAAAUGGUCUAUUGGGGAAAGGCUUUGAUUAUCUACCCGGUGUGCGAGUCAAAUGUUUACAUUCUCACGCCGGACGCUCCAGUGCACAAGGCUGCAUUGCAAGAGGAAUUUGCGAAAACGUUCCCGGGUGUGACUUUUGCGGAAGCAGCUGCGGAAUUCUCGUUUCCGACGUCUUUGAGUCAGAAACAGAGUCCCCUCAUUUGUUCGGAACAGAAGGACGAUGUGGACAUCGUUGUUUGGCUGCUGCAAAAACGGCUUUUGAUGCAGUUGCAUAUUUACCUGUAUUUUCUGCCGUCGGGACGACCGAGGAAACCCCGUGCGUCGAGUGUUCGAAGAAGUUCUUAUGUGAUGAGCACUCGCAGUCGACAAUCGACUCCAGAUGGGGAAUUAUGGCUUUACGCUGGUGAUGAUAUUCCGGAAGAUUUCGACGAGGAAGAAGAGUGUGAGGAGGAAGACGAAGUGAAGCGACAGAAGUCGAAAGAAGCUCUGGAAAGCCUUCGAAUGUUGUUACCUGAGCUCAGAGGAUGGGAGAUGCGAGCGAUUUUAAAGUGCCCUGCGUCUCUCGAACCUGCAGACCUGAAACUCUUUGCCAGACUGUUCCCGUAUUUCAACGGCAUGCACCACUUGGAAGAUAUCAUGUACAAGGCGAAUGUACAACGUUCUCUUCUCAUUGAACUCACUGAAAAGUUUCAAAACGUUUUGCUAACGUGUCAAAAUGAAGAUCCCCGUUUGAGUGCUUUUUAUAAACACGAGCACGCUUCGUCGCGAGUGAUUGCCCCGAGUUCUUGAAAAGUGGGGAUCACCUUUCGAGUUAUUCUCCAUCUUGGAGAAAUGCGGUGAUUUUAAAUUAUAUCUUCCGUUUUAUUUUUAUUUUUUCGUGGCAACUUGGUUUUUAGACCGAGGAGAUCAAGUCUGAUAAAAGAGAUUUUUUUAA